UAAAACGGAUUAACGAGUUAACUUGAAUAACUAUACAGCAAAGGGUUGUGCGAAUUGUACUUUCAUCAUGGACUACCCCAGACCUUGCGGUUGUAAAGGACGCCGAACUUGUUUAAGCUGUGAAGCAGAAUUCGGGAUUCUGCGAAGCGAUUUCUACACCACAUUUCAGCACUCUGAUUCCUACGUGUACUGCCCGCUGUGCUCUAAGAUCUACCCCGGUUGGGACGUUGAAAAGAUUAUGAACGAACACUCGGCAGUUCCCAGCCACCGGGGAACCGCCGGAGAAGAUUACGGCGGAGUGUACAUUGAGCUGAACUUCCUGACCAAAGAGGAGGAAACGCAGCUGCUGCACGCUUUAGACGAGAUGCCUUGGGAUGUGUCGCAAAGUGGACGACGGAAGCAAAACUUUGGUCCGAAGACCAACUUUAAAAAGACCCGUCUAAAGGCAGGCCAAUUUGCGGGUUUUCCCCGAUCGACGGAGUUUGUGCAACGGAGGUUCGCGAACGUUCCCCUGUUGGCCACGUUUCAAACGAUAGAACAGUGCUCGCUAGAGUAUGACCCGGAGCGGGGCGCUUCGAUCGAUCCGCACAUCGACGAUUGUUGGAUUUGGGGCGAACGUGUCGUGACGGUCAACCUGCUGAGCGACUCCGUACUGACGAUGUCCCUCCCCAGGAAUGCCGAUGGAAAAUCAAAGUAUAAUCUAAACUUUGUGGACCAAUACCGAGACCGUCUGUUGGCCGAGCUGGUGGAUGAGCAAACGUUAGCUUCCUACGAGAAUCGGAUCGUGCGCAUUCCGAUGCCGAGGCGCUCGUUGCUCGUACUUUACGGACCACCGCGCUACCAGUGGGAACACUCGGUGCUGCGUGAAGACAUUCGCGAUAGGCGCGUUUGCUUGGCGUACCGGGAGUUUACAUCAAUGUAUCUGCAGGGUGGAAGCGACUUUGGUCAAAGCGAAGUAAUUUAUGAACGGGCCAAACAGUUCUGGGACCAUCGGACGGAGGCCGUGGCUAGUUAG